GUUUCAUUCAGAAGAUGGAACUGAUCCGUGCUAAAGUUCCCAUCCUCAAGUUCAGAGACUCUGACUCAGAAAUUGAUGUCGAUCUCAACUGCAACAAUGCUGUAGGGAUCCGCAACACUCACCUUCUGAACUCCUAUUCUCAGUUGGAUUGGCGAGUUCGUCCCCUGGUGCUGGUAGUGAAGCUCUGGGCACACUACCAUGAUAUAAACAAUGCCAAGGAUAUGACCAUUUCCUCAUAUUCUUUAGUCCUCAUGGUCAUACAUUACCUGCAGCAUGGAACAGAGCCACCUUUAUUGCCAUGCCUUCAAAAGGCAUUUGGUGAAAAAUUCCGGCCUAAUGCUCAUAUCCUCAGCUUCCCAGUCACGGAAAAGAUGCCCACUUUCACAUCUAACAACCAUGACAGCUUAGGAAAACUUUUCCAUGGGUUCCUGGAUUAUUUUGCGAAUACUUUCACAUUUAUAGAGGACACAAUCUCAGUAAGGACUGGAGGAACCAUGCCAACGAGUCAGUGCCGUUCUGUCAGGUCUCGCAAGAACGAUUCCCGCAUGUGGAAAUAUCUGUGCAUUGAAGAACCUUUUGAUCUGACCAACACAGCAAGAUCUGUUUAUGAUGAGGAAGUAUUUGAAAGAGUGAAAAAGGUGUUUGGUGAUUCUUUCAAACUCUUGGCCGAAUCAAAGGAUCUGUCAACCAUCAUACCGUUUGUGAAGCCAGUCACCCCAAGUUGAGAGAGAAGGCUGUAAAACUUUACAUGUCAUGGCUUUCAUGAGAGGUUCUUCAAGUGAUAUUAGUUGUGGGUAAUGCAAGCAUCAUCUAUAGUAACAAAGGAUUUUUUUUUUAUAUAUAUAUACAUACUUCCAAGAUGCUGCUAAGAGGUUGUAAAGGAAUAAUAAGAAUACUUUUUUGUGAAAAUUAUGUAAUAGUAUUAUUAGAUAUAUUCUGCUUAUCCCGUGUAUUAUAGAAAUAUCAAAUUUAUUGGAGCAUAAUCCACCAUCUAAGUAAAGGUUAUUAAGUAAUAUAAACUAAGUUUAAUAAAGGGAUGAGUUGUACAUAUGAAUAUUUUGAGUUGUGAUUUUGAUGCAGUGAUAUAAUUAAUAACCCUGUCUGAUAGUAUUCUCUACAAGAAAUGGCAAAAAACAGAGCUGUCCAAUGUGUAACCUAAUUUAAUAAUACAAGAGCAACUCAGUUAUUACCAAACAAGAAAGAAUAGAAAAAUAUUAUGAUGAGUAGAAAAGUAUAUACAUAUAUUACUCUGUAUUUCUGCUGCACUUAUAAUGCCAGUAAAACAGGAGAGAUGCAUGUGUUACAGAUGAGGCUCAAUUACUUGUAAGUGGAAUAGUGAAUCCCCCUCCCCCCUGACAAGUAUUUUAUUAGUUUCUUGUUUCAAGAUUUGGAUUUUUUUUAUAAUGGAAUUAUGAUCAUAUGUCACACUAACUGUGACAUAUUUUAAUCAACCUCGGUUGAUUAUCUUAUUACAGAUCACUGAUGUUUGCCUAUUCAUUAUUAUUUUGUUAUUACCAUUUAUUUUUGAGUACCAUAACAUUUCUCUGAAGUGCCCAAUUGCAGAUGUUUAAGGGUGUAGGUAAAUUGUGGUAGGUUACAUUAAAAAAAGGAAAAAAAAAACAUAUAUUAGCAUUUGAAAUUUAAGGGAAAAGUUUGGUUAUUUCCACAGUAUUAAUCAAUUAUUUUUAGAUGUUUAUUAAUAUUUAACUUUUUUUUUUUAUAUAUAAUGAGUCAGUGUUUGUCACUAGAAACUGGCAGCAUUAACAUUUAUUUAAGCUUAUGAUAUAUGCCUCCACUUUGUUGGACUAUUUGAUAUUCGUAAAUGUCAUGACCUUUGUGUGCUUCUUCUUUUGGGUUACUAGAUGUUGGUUUUGACAGCACUGCUUCAUAGUUUUAUAUAAAGUAAGAAUUUCUUGUUUUAUAAUCCAUGAACCCAAAUCACUUAUUUUUCAAAAUGAAAAGUGACAUCGUCACAAACUAGACAAAUAUAUUGACUGCAGAUUCAGCCAUUAGACCUAGUGAGUUGGGAAUGAUCCGUAAAUACAAGCACAAAAAUGUAGGCAAAAGAAGUUUGUGCUUUGAGGUAUUAUAAACAGACACACUGACAAAAGCUGUCUUUUUCAUUCUUUUUCGGUAUUUAAUUUUUUAGAUGUUUGACUGAAAUUUUGAUCCUAAAAUUAUUACUGAAAGAUUAUGUUGCAAAUAUUCAUGUGUGUACUUUUACACUUUUUUUUUUUUUCAUAGAAAAGUACAUAUAAUUUGUAGAUUCCUUAACCCCCCUCCCCUCUUUUUCCCCCCCUCACCCCCUUUUUGUUUUGGGGUCUACUCUUCUCUUUUUUAUUUCUAAAAUUAAAAGCAUCUGAUUUAGAUGUAUCUGUCUGGGAGCAACAAAAAGGAAGACAAGGAUUAGUCGAAAUGGGCUCCCGUUCACCUGCCUUCAUAGCCUCUGCGCUGUUGUUCUUCCGUCUGACAUAGGGACCCCUGCUUGGAGUGGGAUCAUAUCUAGUUGCAUUUCAAAAAUCACUGGUGGAAGGGGAAGAUUUAUGUCUUUUCUUUUUAUGAUGUGCAUAUAUUUAACAUCUUUGUUAAUAAGGGAUAAAGAAUAUUAGAGUAAGUGAAUACACAUAUUUAGAUAAUAUUAGAGCAUAUGGAAAUAAAUGAAUAUAUAUAUAUAACUUUAAAAUAUACUAUUUUCAGUUAUCUUGCCUGUGUGAUUGUCAUAUGAAUUGCAUUGAUAAUUGCAGAAGGGAUUACUGAAGGUAAAUAUGAGGUUUAUUAUAUUAGUCAUAAUCUUAAAACAAAAUACUGCUUUUGAUGCUGUAUUUAAAAGAAAAAAAUGAGAUAAAGUGCAAAAUUCCUUUGCGGGUAUUAAAAAAAAAAAAGAUAUUAAUCCAGUAGUAUAACUAACAUGGCUGUGGUACUGGACUGUACUUAUUUAUUUCAUAUUAUAGGCAAUAUUUGUGUGAUAUGCUGCUCUGUGUUGUUGACAAUCCUGAUAUGUGAUGUGCCUGUUCCUUUUAAUGGCAUUUAAUGGCAGCCUGAUGUGUCGUUACUUUUCAUUAUUUUUUAUUGUUCAUAAUGUAUGAGAUGGAUUCUUAGUGUUUAUAUGAGGAUUGUGUUUACUUGAUAAUGCCUCUGAAAAUAGUAUAGUUUGGAUGAGGUUGGGCGGUCACUUCAGGCUGUUAUUGACAAAAUAUUUGUUUAUGACAAUGUGUCUUGGCAAGUAAGGUGGCAUUAUUUGUCUUUUGACUUAGCAAAUUAUAUGCUCCGCUUGUCCUUUUUUUCUUCUUUCGCUUUUUUCUUUUUGUAUCAGGUUAAAGACAGUAAGGAGUAGGUGUGCACCAUGUUUGCAUUCCAUUGUUGCUACUUCAGGUGUAAACACUGUCAUGCCUCACAUAUAUACCUCAGGAUAAGUGGCCAGAAAUGGAUCAUAACGGGAGGUCCUCAGAGUUUUGGAUAGAAGUAUGGACACGAUACCUAUAUUGUGGGCUCUUCAGUUUGUUCUGAAAUGAUGAUGGUGAUGUUUUAGUUGUGUUAUCAUUGUCGGGGGAGAUGAAAAAGAUCAAUUUAUAAUGGGAUAUUAAAUUUAUCAGAGGGAAAUUGUGUCACAUGUAACAUGAAAUACUUGAGAAUUAUAAGGUAAAAGAGUUGUGUGAAGUGCUCGACAGUAUGACACUGAAAAAUUUGUCCUUACUAAAGUGUAAUUUAUCAUUACAGCCAAGGCUGGCUUGGGGAAUUGAAGGUAUUUGGUAAGGAGAAAAGAGAAGGAUACAGAUAAAGGAUUCAUUUUGACAAAAGAUUAAGCCUGAGUGAAAUUGAUAUAAAGAUGUUUUGAAAGUAUUGCUA